ACAAGAGUAAAAAUGGAGUUUUAGCUUUGAUGCAGCACAUUAGAGAAAAGAGAUUUAUGGAGUUAGUAUUAUUAAAUGAGAGUGCUCUAGUUUGCCAAAGCCAUCUAUUUCUUUCCUCUCCUUAAAAAAUAAAAAUAAAAAUUACACUGUCCAUUUGAGAGUUUCGCUAAAACACACAUCCCAGUUGAUUCAUUUCGCUAACAUUUGCAUGAUAUGAAUUGCAACUUUGAGAAGUUUGGGUCCAGUCUUGCGCUUCCACACGCCGACCCACGGAAAAUUUCCGGUGAAGGGGACAGUACUGGUGAAGCGACUCCCGGUCUCGGGUCGAGAAAGUGCUGGCAGAAAGAAACUCUCAAAGUGCAUAAAUUUAAAACCCUAAACCCACAUCACACCUCACGCAUUUUCCCGAAACGCAAUAGUUCUACGUUGAUUUGCCAAAUUGUCAGAGCUAUAGCCAUGGCAGACAUGGACUUGGAUGAUCUUGACGAUGGCCCAAGCAAGGCCCCGAGCAGACUAUCUCGGUUUGCGCCCAAAGGCUCCAAGUUCAAACCCAAACCCAAAACCGAACCAUCUCAAUCACUGCCUGCACCCAAGGAAGAGGAACUUGUUGUUAAGCCCGAAACCAAGCCCGACCACACAAAUGAUGUAGUUGAGAUGGAUUUUGAUGUGAAGCCAGCCGUGAAGGACAAAGAGGAAGGCGAUUCAAUGGAAACUCGAGCAGCGGAAGCUGAAAAUGGGGCUGAAGAUGAAGUAGUUCGAGAAAUCGACGUUUAUUUUGCUCCUUCUGUUGACUCCAAAACUCGGUAUCCACUGAGGCCGAUAUGGAGGCCAUAUGAAUUGGAUGAUAGGUGCGAAGAGGUGAGAGUGAAGCCAGGAAGUACAGAAGUGGAGAUUGAUUUGUCUGUUGAUGUCAACUCCAAGAAUUAUGACUCAGAGGCUGAUCCCAGAGUGCAGAUGACAAAGCAGAAACCUGAGAUCGAAAUCGAUUGCAUGCAGUGCUUAGGCCAUAUUCUAAGUUCUUCAGAACCACUUGAAUAUGCUGACCUCACUGUCGUCAUUGUUAUUGCCUUUUUACACUUGAGUCCUGUUCAUGCAGUUGUGCAACUCCGGCCAUCUAUGCAACAUCUUGGUUCUAGGGAAUCUGGAAGGACUGUUGAACCCAGUUUUUCUGAUGAUAAAGUGAAGUUAGAAGAGCCUGAGGCAGGAAAGACUUCUUCAUCAAAGAAACAGAGCCAAACUUCGGAGCAGAGUCAGCUGGCUGGUAGCAAGGAAGAGAGCUGGGUUCCUCUCAAAUACCAUAGUGCAAGUAGUGAGAUGGCUUUAAAGUACCUACAAAGAAUGAUGUCACAGGAAGAAGGCUCACAGAUUGAAUUUUCCAUGAGCUCGUAUGACUAUCUGAAUAGCUUGUGUCCUGGCACUUCUAGUGACAGUUUCAGUUCCAAAGGGCCUCCAAUAAGGUUCUUGCUGACUUUACCACUAAAAGAACGGUUUAGAACAUGGUUCCUUGAGGGUCCUCCAUUUCACAGAUUCAGUGCUCUGAAACACUUGGCCCCUGACAAUUCGGUUGAAGAAGUUUUGGAGAUUUUGCAGGAAUAUGCUCGAUUAGUUCAAGGUCUUUGGGUUCCAAAAAGUCAUUUGGUGUAUGGAACAGAUUCAGGCCCUGAAGUUAUAGCAAGGGAUUUUGUUCUUCGUAAAUUUAGCAAGAAUGUCACUAUGAAAAAGAAAGAAAUACCUCGCCAAGUUCAAAUAGCAAACCAUGCGAGAGAGAUCCUAAAGUCAUUGGCCGUAGAGAGGGAAGACUUUUUUAAUGAUUGGAAACUUAAAGAGCUCCCAGAUUUGAGUUUCAUAAAAUCUUAUCCCUCCAUUGUGGAGAAACAAGAGAGAGAGUGGGAACGCGUGGAAGAAAAACUUAGUCGUGUUCUUCCUGAUACAAAACCUGCGCCUACUAAGAAGUUAAAUACCACCAGCAAUCCAUCAACAUCAAAAAAUUCUGGUAAAGUAGUUUCUAGGGCUCCAAAGGGAGGAGCUGUCAUGCCUGAAGAAGUUCGGGAUGCUGUAACUAAAGCACUUCAGAAACUUUUCAAAACAGUCAAGAUUUGCAGUUAUCAACAAAUUAGCCAGCUGUUAAGGGAUAUGGCAGUUUCUGAGUCCGCACGUUCAACGGGAUUUGCCAGAGAGGCAGUAACUGCAGCAAACAGUAUUGAUGCUUAUCCAGAUGAGCUUCAAGCUAUAAUCAAUCAAAUAGCUGUUAAUAUUCAUGGCAUUUGUGUUCCAAAAUCUUCCCCGGAUUGCCCACAAUAUGAUUCAUUUCGGAAAGUAGUUAUUGAUCUUUUUAUUGCUCAAGGACCAAAUGCUAGACUCAGAAAGGCUUCCAUAACUGAGGCUGCUAGGAUGGAACUUAAAAGGGAACCAUCUACAAUUGAGUAUGAUAAGGUUGUGAAGGAACUGUGUUUGUCUCAAGGCUCUGGAUGGACUUUGAAAACUGGUGGUGCAAAUACAAAGCAUUAGAGUUCAAGCCAUCAAACUAGUAAACCAGUAGAUGAGGUACUUAUGGACUUACUAAUUAGUCUUUCAUUUUUAGGUAUCUGUAAAAGUUCUUUAAGUGGACUUACUAAUUAGCAUUAAUGCAUCAAAUUGAGAUGAGCUUUUUUGCUCUGACAGAUCAUAUUUGCUAUGUAACGUGUGAACCUUAAUUGCGAUUUACGUGUUGAGGAUCAGAUAACGAUUAAGUUAAUGACCAUACACAUCAAAUCAGCACGAUACGAGUUUUUUCAUGUUUACCAGAUUGUUCUCAUGUGUAUCAUGGGCGUAGACUGUUUUGUCAUUCCAAAACUAAAGCACAGUAUACAGUGAACAAUCUUCAUCGUACAUGAAGAUAUAAAAGAA